AUGGAUCCACUCUCACGACUACCACCAGAAUGCCUGCACAUGGUCAUCGGCAUCCUAAAGGAACAAGGCGACACAUCCACCCUAGCGUCCCUCAUUCGAACCAAUAAACACAUCGCCUCCUCAACCCUCCCCUUCCUCUACUCUGACCCUUAUCAAUGGGCCCCUUUCGUCAUCCGUCGCGACUUUAACCCUAAGCUCGUCAAUAUCGCUCACAAGCUCACCUGUCUUUUGCUGCACCAAAUCCCCGUCAGCUGUAUCUCGCCAAUGCUCACUUUUGCCUUUCCCGACCUCAUGCCCCAAACUCGACCACCCUCGACAUUCGACUACCUACGCCACAUCAGCCACCUACGGCUGGGAAGCUGGGCCAUCGCUCACCAUACGACUGACAAACAGCGGCUCAGCAAAAACAAACCCGACAUCCUCGAAGACCAGGAUUUCCAGCGUCAAUGGCAAUUGGAUCACGCCCUCAUAGGGUGCGAGAGCGUGGCCAUGGAAGAAGUGCUCCGCAAUUCAAGAUACUGCGUCCUUGCCUUCCAAGAGGCGAACUGGGCCCUUGCAAGUCCGAUCCUCGAGCAGUUACGGUCCCUUACCAUCCCAGUCUCGGACAUCCAAAGCUACCACGGAGUCGUCAGUCGCCUUAGAAGAUUGGAGAGUGUCGAUAUCGUCAUGGAUACAGUGUUGACUCGUCCUAGCAAAUACCGCGACAUGUUUGCCCUUACAAGUGAGCAGCGAGGCGAGCUCAAUUCCCGCCUGGACGCUACUUUCAGAUUCAUGAUAUCCUUCUUCAGGGACCACGCCGCCUUGUUCCCAAACCAGCUCAAAACAGCACAGUUCCAUGACGGCAAAUUUUGGAUGCAGGCGCCUCAACAUUGUCCUGAGCUCAUUCAGUUCAAGGUCUUUGAGAUGUUGCCCCCUUUGGCUAGGACCAGGAUAUUGACGACCACGGACCUGCUGCAGUCGUUGGCCCAUCCGCUCUCAUCCGCUGUGAACCGCAUCGAGGAGAUUGUUCAGGAGCAGGGUCCAAAAAGGUGGCUCCUCAGGCCGGAGAACAGCCAGCAAUAUCUUCAACAAUGCCGGUCUUUGAAGUCGUUGGCGUUAGUUGAGGUCCCCAAGGGCAUUUUCAGCUGGGCGGUCGAUGAGAGGCUCCGCAAGGACAAACUCGCCGGCGACACUAUCACCAACAUCAUCACCACUACAGGCGACCCUCACAAGAGACCUGAGCUGUCGGCACAGGAUUCAAAAGGAUCUGCUAUCCUGGAGCAUCACCUACCUCCGCUCUCGACUGUCACACUUCAGGACGGCUCGCCGACAUUUCUGGAUGACCUAGACGACCUUGCCUUCGCGUUCAGUAAAACCUUGCAACAGCUGACUGUCAGGGCAUCGACAUUGAACCCACUACCCGAACCCAAACCAGUUCUAUACGGACAAGGAUGGGUCGACCUCCCGGUCUUGACGCAUCUCUCCCUGGACGUGGGUUACUGCCGUUUGGUCAUCGAUCGUGCACUCCUCACACAUUGCCCCAACCUUGUAACCUUGGCGCUAACGGACAACACUAUGGUGUACUACUGUCGGGACCUUGUACCUUGUCUGCCGGCGGACCUCCCAAGGAUCAACAAGAUACAGUUGAAGGGCUGGAGCGCACUGACAUUUGAUACGGCGACCCUUCACACGACACCCAAUCUGACCGACCUGAGCAUCACUAUGCACUGUGUUUAUUUUGGCGUGCAAUUCAUCCCGCCUCUGGAAGAACUGGAUCGAUCAUUUGGUAUUGCGGGCGAUUCAAUAACAACAACAACAACAGACGAUGCAGUUGAAUUAACGGCACCGGCGAUUCCUCGGUCGGUCUGGACAUGGGACUGGUAUCUGCCUCAGUUGAAGACCCUGACCCUGACGGUCGAAUUUGCCCUUCGGUUCCAGUUCAGGAUGUUGCGCGGAUGCCCCUCUUUGCAUAUGCUGUCUCUGGAUUGCAGCUCGGUCCAUAAAACACAUGUGCGCACCGUCACCACUGCCGAUCUUUUUUCGCCAACUAGCCCCAACGAGAUCAGCGAUAACGAGCAGGGAACAUCUUCAGCGGCGACAAGGAUUACAGCGCCCAAUCUCCAAAAGUUGACCAUAUUUGGUCGCUGGGUGGUGCAAGACGCGAUCCUGUCCGAAUUCUUGACGGGCAUGUUUCCGGAGCUGCAAGACUUAACUAUGGCGCGGUGGAGUGGAUGUACCCUGGAAGGAUUCGUGGACAUGGUCAGGACGACAUCAAGAACCACAACGGCGACCGGACCGCAGCCUGAGAGGAUUAACAAAUUCAGGACACUCAGGUUAGAUUUUCAUAACACGAGUUCUAAAAAGUUGGCUCGGCUUGGUUUGUGGAAGUGCGGUGGUGGCGGUAUUGGUAAAGUGGGCGUUGCUGUGCACAAGGAGGGCGAGUCCGCUUUUUAUCUGGAUCGGCGCACCCAGGUCCAUUAUUGCCUUGUCUAA